AACUUGCAGAAAAUUCAACCAAAUGUAUCCUGAAUUGACACCAAUGAACAAAAGGAAUGAGAAGAAGAAGAAGUCAACCUAUAUCAUUUUCCUCAAAAAUAAAAAAUGGAAAACUAUCGUAAAGGUAAAAAUAUCGAGGAACCCCUAGAAAGAAGUAACAUUCCUAUAAAAAAUUUGCCAGAUAAUUUUCUCUGGAUGCAGGUUAGAGGAGGUAGUAAAAUAAGAAAUCUCCUAACCCAUGCUCUCAACGAAUUUCCGGAAAUAAAACAUGUAGUAUGGACGGGUUUUGGAACCUCUGUAGGAAAAUGUAUCACUUGUGCUGAAAUUAUGAAACAAGAAUGUAAAAACUCACUGCAUCAAAUCACCAGGCUUUGUUAUAGAAUAGUUGAAGAAUACUGGGAUCCAAUUCUUCCUGAAUUAGACCAGCUAGUUGUGAAGCGCAAACUUCCAAUGAUCCAUAUAUAUCUUACUGACACAUCUCUGGAUCCUGAAGAAAUAGGUUAUCAGGCACCAGGUGUUUUCAAUUCCUUUAAAUCUGAAGAGAGUGGGUCUUCAACUAACAGAAGACAAAAUAGACAAUUUGGUAGAAUACCAACCAAUAAGCCAACUUCAUCAAGGAAUCAGAGAAAUAAGAAAAUAGAUAAUUCAGGCAUCAGUGAAGCUAGUAGUAGUGGUAACAAUAAAAAUGGUACAUGAAACUAGCAGAAAGCUAACAA